AUGAGCAUGUGGUUGUUCAUAACAAGUUUAGUCAUUACUGCUUUCAUUUGUAAUUCCCCUGCUUAUGCUUAUGAUAACAACCCUCUACAGGACAUAUGUGUUGCUGUUAACGACUCUCAGGCUUCAGUUUUCGUGAAUGGAAAGAUUUGCAAAGACCCUAAGCUUGCAACACCAAAUGAUUUCUUUGCUUCAGGUCUUAAUGUUAGGGGAAAUGUAGCGCCUGGGUUUGGUUUUUAUGCAAAGUUUGUGGAUGUAAACAACAUGCCUGGACUUAACACUCUUGGUAUUUCUAUUGGUCGCCUUGACUUGGAACCACUACGUUUUAUUCCAUUUCACACGCACCCUCGAGCUGCUGAGCUGAUAACUAUCCUGGAGGGUACUGUCCUUGCAGGAUUUCUUGUCCCUGAUCCUGCAAACUUCUAUAGAAGUCGUCUCUUCUCCAAAACCUUGAAUCCUGGCGAUGUGUUUGUGUUCCCACAAGGUCUUAUUCACUUCCAAUAUAAUGUAGGACUCAAAAAAGCUAUUUUUCUCGCUACUUUCAACAGUCAAAAUCCUGGAAUUUUCAUGAUUACUAGUCCAAAUAUUGCUUCAGAUCUACCUAUUCUGAACGAUAUUCUUGCCAAAGGUUUCCAGCUUAAUAAGACACAGAUUGCACUACUUGGAAAGAAAUUCUUUUAG